GUAUCUGCACCACAUCACCACAUCCUGCGUCUGGCCUUGUAGCAGUUCCGCAGCGUUUUUUGUUAGCAAACCUAUUCAACGAUUGAAGCGCGUUCAUGCUCGUUUUAAACAACGACAAACGCCAUUCACAAUAAUCUUGCUAGUUGAGCGCUAGAGGGCCAGAAGAGCCUCAGGAGCUAAGUGUCAGAUAGCAGCGCGGGAACCCUUCUCUGCAACGAUGGCCCAGCCGAUGGACCUGGAUCCCAAGCCUCCGGAAGAGACGGCAACAAAGGGUGGAUAUGAGCUGCCUUGGCUGGAGAAGUACCGUCCGCAAUUCAUCAAUGAAAUUGUGGGAAAUACGGAGGCUGUGGCACGGUUACAAGUAAUCGCUGAAGAGGGCAACAUGCCCAACGUCAUCCUCUCGGGCCCUCCGGGCACGGGCAAGACCACCAGCAUCCUGUGCCUGGCCCACCAGCUGCUUGGGCCCAACUACAAAGAGGCCGUGCUCGAGCUCAACGCCUCAGACGACCGCGGCAUCGACGUGGUGCGCAACAAGAUCAAGAUGUUUGCGCAGAAGAAGGUGACGCUGCCGCCGGGCCGCCACAAGAUUGUCAUCCUGGACGAGGCGGACAGCAUGACCGCGGGCGCGCAGCAGGCGCUCCGCCGCACCAUGGAGAUCUACAGCGGCACCACGCGCUUCGCACUGGCCUGCAACAUGAGCUCCAAGAUUAUCGAGCCCAUCCAGUCGCGCUGCGCCAUCGUGCGCUACACGCGCAUCCCGGACGAGGACAUCCUGGCGCGCAUGCGGCUAGUGGCGGAGAAGGAGGGGGUGACGUACAACGACGCGGGUAUGGAGGCGGUCAUCUUCACGGCGGACGGCGACAUGCGCCAGGCGCUCAACAACAUGCAGGCAACGCACAGCGGCUUUGGCUUCAUCAGUCAGGAGAACGUGUUCAAGGUGUGCGACCAGCCGCACCCCAAGCUGGUCAUGGGCAUCAUCGCCAAGUGCAAGGCGGGAGACCUGGAUGCGGCGUACGCGGGCAUGAAGGAGCUGCAGGACAUGGGCUACAGCCCCAUGGACAUCAUCACCACCGUGUUCCGAGUGGUGCGCAACGCCGACAUCCCCGAGUUCCUCAAGCUGGAGUACCUCAGGGAGAUUGGCUUCUGCCACAUGCGCGUGUCGGAGGGCGUCAACUCGCGCCUGCAGCUGAGUGGGCUGCUGGCCAAGCUGUGUUCCAAGACCCUCAUCGCGGCGCGGUAGCGGGCGCACAACGGCAUGGCGCGCGCACGCACGGGCAUGCAGGAUGCAGCGUAAUGGUUGGGAGUGUUGAGGCGGCGUUCGGCGGGUUGUUUUGGAGUACGUUGACUGGUGGGGAGGGGGACGAAAGGUGUGGAGGCCAAGGGCGGGCAGGUGGAGAAGCGCAAUUGAGCCGGACAGGGGGGUAAUUGACAACGAGGAAAUGAUGUGUGCGCGUGUUUCGGCACAGGAUUUGGCGCACAGCACAGCGUGUUGGCAGUGCGUGUAACAAAAUCAUCCU